AUGUCUGCUCGAUCCCACCACUCCGAAUACCAACCUUUGGUUAGUCAAGAAGAAACCGACGUGGGAGAGGGUCGCUGGGCUUCCUCGAGCAGAACGACUACGACGCCGGGACAUCGUCGCACCGGUCGUCCUGGGAGCAUUGACCUCACAAAGUUGGACAAUGCGUUUAAACGGUGGACAGAAUCUAUAGCGCAAAAGGUGAAACGGAAGAAGAAAGUAUCUGACCAUUCGAGGAAACAAAUCUGGCGAAGUGUGUUCGAGCCAACGGUUAUUGGGAUAUCCAGUUCUGGGGCAGCGGUGAAGACUUUAGAUCAUAAGCCCCCAAUGACGAAACAGGCAUUCGACGUGUUGGCUCAGUCCGUGAGAAACGCAAUUGCAGAAGGAAUUCAUCCCAAGAUGAUAACGAAAGGAUCUUCUGGUUCAUAUUUUGCUCGAGCAAAAGUGGGAGGUCGUGUACAGACUGUUGCUGUUUUCAAGCCCAAAGAUGAGGAACCCUACGGCCGGUUAAACCCAAAGACUACGAAGUGGAUUCACCGACAGUUUCGGUGGAUCAUACCAUUUGGGAGAUCAUGCCUUAUACCCAAUCUUAGCUACAUUUCUGAAGCUGCAGCUUCGUUGCUUGACCGAAGAUUGGAUCUCCACAUUGUCCCCCCAACUGAACUUGUUUCAUUAUCGAGCCCGGCUUUCUUUUACGACUGGCUUGACCGAAGCGCAGCUAAGAAAGGAAAACCGUUACCUGAGAAAAUUGGGAGCAUGCAAUUCUUUUUACAUGGUUAUCAAGAUGCAUCCGACUUUUUGCGAAAGUAUCCUUGGCCAGGACGCGCUAUUGCAGAUACCUUCGACGAUUCGACACAUCGACAGGGAAAUGUAUCGAAACGCUUCCUCGGCGCUUUGAAAGUUGUUUGUGGAAAGACAGGCGACACCGAGGACGCGUACGAUGAUGUUGAUUAUGAGGAUGAACGCGUCCUCUACGAUGCCACGGAGGAGGGCGGUGCACACCGACCAUUCUAUUGGAGUCAAACUCUCCAGCAAAGCUUCCGUGAGGAGUUGGAAAAGCUUGUUAUACUGGAUUAUCUCAUGCUUAACACUGACCGGGGUGCGGACAAUUAUAUGAUCAAGUAUUGUGAAGGCGACCAUGAAAAGGCCCUUGUAGAUGUUGCACCGUCCCGCUCAGUUCGCCUCGAGAUGCCAGCAAUGAGCGAGCUUCGGAGGAAUGAGAUGUCUUCUCAUACGCCGUCAAUGACCCCAUCCGCUUCGUAUCACCCACCUUCAUCACCAGGCGCGUCGGGAUCUUCCACACCACACGGCGAUUAUAGGCGACGCCCGCAUAUUCACAUCGCAGCCAUUGACAAUUCACUGUCGUUUCCCCAUGAACAUCCACAAGGUUGGCGGUCUUACACAUACGGAUGGUUAUAUUUGCCUGUCAGCAUCAUUGGUCGGCCUUUCAGUGAAAAGACAAGAAAUCAUUUUCUACCAUUGCUCACGUCGAAGUCAUGGUGGGAAGAAACGACAUUUUUGCUGGAAAACCUGUUUGCAGUUGAUCCCGAUUUUCAUCCAAAGAUGUUUGCUCGACAACUUGCCGUUAUCAAAGGCCAAGCUUGGAACAUCGUGCAGUCCUUGAGGCACGCAGAUGAGGGUCCGUUAGAGUUAACACGGAGAACGAAAGUCCUUGUCUGGGAUGAGGAAUUGGAGGUUGCUGAAGAGGCUAUUCAAGAAGUGGCAAAUAGUCCAUCUUCUCCAAGACUUUCCAUAAAUAGUGUUCCUCUGCCAAGACGGACCCGAAGUCAAAGUUCUGGGAGCGAAUUCCCCCCUCCAAUCCGUAGAACAUCGACUGACGCAUCGGGGGCGCCUCGGCCAGUUCCCUUUGCAGCCAAAUUCCAACGGGUACACCCUGGGACUACUGGUGUCACUGUUCUGGAGCAUCUGGAGCGGCUUGAUGCCGUAGAAGCGAGCUUACAACGGCUAGGCGUAGGUGAGACGAUCGAGGAGGAGGAGGUCGAUGUUGGCGUUGUUGCAUCGACAGUACCCCCGAAACCUAUCUCCAUACCCCGUCGCCCAAUAGAGUCGUCUUCAAACGUCGCUACAUCUCCAUUCUCACCUCCCGGCAGCCCCUUACCCACCGUGCAUGAAGUCUCGUCGUCAGCUAGUUCAAUAGCGGAAGAAGACCUGGUGGCUCUGUCUAAAUCUACGUCACAUAUUGAAAGUGCAAACCCCUUUAAUCGUCCAGACAACCUCUCGAGCGCGGGAAUAGAAUGGAUUCAAACUUCAGGCGAGAGCCAGAAGCGUAUCGUGAUCACUGAAAGACUGGAAACGGUACACAAGAAACCCCUUUGUGCUUGCUGGUAA